GACGACACCCGCAUACAUCUACUCUAACAUCGCAGUCAACAUGGCGCUCAAACGGCCUCUCACACUCCUCCAGCUGCCUUCAUUAUUACGAUUGGCCUCAGCGCCAGCCACAACAUGCAGGCAAUGCCGCUCACUACACGCCUUAAACAAACCACCUCCUCAAAUUCCCAAACCGACACCAUUCGUUCCUGACGUGUCCACAUUUCUCACGCUCAUCGGCCGCGGCAUGUCCAAACAUGAGUCCAAAAUCCCAUCAUGGGAAGCUCUCUUCACACUAUCCUCCGAGCAACUCAAAGAAUCCGGCCUGGAACCCGCUCGCGCAAGAAGAUAUCUCCUCUGGUGGCGCGAGCGAUUUCGACAAGGCAUCUACGGCAUGGGCGGUGAUGUGAAACACGCGACGAAGGUUGGGGACAAGGUGGCCGCUGAGCUGAGGAUAGUAGAAGUGCCCAAGCAGUUCAAGUCUGGGGAGGAGAAGUAUGUGACGCCAGCAACUUUGUCGAGAAGUGAGGGCGUUGCGAAGGUGAUUUCAAAUACACCGCCGCAGGCUCUGAAGGCGCUAGAAGGUGAGGGGAGUCAGGAGAAGAGGAGUAUCAUGGAUCGGUUGGCGCCUCCCCCGAAGGUUGGCAGGAAGGAGGUCAGUACGGUGAAGGGAACGAAGAUUGUGAGGGCGAACACGAUCGGCGGCACAGGGAUUGAAUAUCUGAAGGGAUAUCAGGGAGUUGCUGUGCUGAAAGUCAAGGAAGGCCUAUGGGAGCAGAAGAGAGGUCACAAGGUUGAUGGUGGCGAGAGGCGGAGAGCAGAAGUGAGGGCGAAGAGAGCCGCUGCUGAGAGGAAGAAUGCACGAUAGAGGGGUUGGUGGCGGAAAAUGCAACAAAACUGUGACAGCCGAGCCCAGCAUGCUAUAGGGAAGCAAUGUACAGUACGCGCGGCAUUGGGCCUGCGUGAUUAUCUCUCAGCCUCCUUACUUGGGAUGGGGAUGGUACAACUGAACUGAUAUCGAGGCGACAGGCAGGCGCAACAGAACGCUUGAGCUGAACGUUCUUGUCUAGGCACGUACGGCGACGGACCUGCCACUGCACCUUUCUCUGAUCCAGCGCACCUUCGCCACUACUUGAAGCCAUUUCAUGCUUCCCCCAACCACGAACACUCGCAACAUCUCUCCGCAUCAUUUAUCUUCAUUAAGCAGCUCGACCCAGAGGCACCAGACACAGCGACCCGCAAAGAUCUCAGCGCCUCCUCUCACAGAAGC